UACUUGGGCAGCAUAUCAUGAUUCUUUAAAGGAGCACCCACCGGCCGUGACUGCCCUGCUUCCCUUGUUCUACGAAAAAGCCGCCACUCCAGCGAUGGUUAAACACGGCAUGGAUGUGUUAAAGCACGCAAUCACAUUCCUGAAUCCGGACCAGAUUCCGGUAAUAACCGUCGACCAGCCCCUUUUCGCUUUGGCGAAAAUGGUACAAUGGAAAUGGCCAGCCUCACACGGAGAGCAGGCGUACGUUGUCAUGAUGGGAGGUCUUCAUAUCGAGAUGGCGUUAUGGAGCGUUGUUGGUGACCUGCUAGAUGGAUCUGGAUGGACUACUGCCAUUACAGAAUCAAACGUAGCCUCAUCGGGUGAAGCCGAUUCCUUCUUAAGGGUGACUCAUCUAACAAGGACCAGACACGCCCAUCAAGUUACUGUUCUGGCAUUACAGAAACAAAAGAGCGAGGCGUUUUCACACAGGGGCGACCAGUUAACGACGGCUGAAUGGGAGGAAACAAUGAAAUCAAGCCCAACAUUUCGCUUCUGGAAUGUGAUACUACACUACCAGAUGCUAGUCUUACUAGUGGUGCGUGCUCAACGUCAGCGAAAUUUUGUCUUGUAUGUGGAAGCCUUGGAGGAGCUGGUUCCGCUGUUUUUCGUGUUGGACCAUGUAAACUACGCCAGAUGGACGCCAAUUCACAUCAGGGACAUGAAAAGCCUUCCACAAAGUAUCACCGAGAAGUUUCAAGACGAGGGCCAGUUUGUCUUGUCAAGGACUGGCUACGACUUUUCAGCAAUGCCGUUCGACCAGGCCCAUGAGCAGGAAAACAAGAUCGUGAAGAGUGCAGGCGGGGCAGUUGGACUCACAGAGAAUCCGACAGCUUUCAGGCGCUGGAUGCUAUCAGGCCCAGAAACGACACGAUUAUUACAACAGUUUGAAGGGCAGUACCUGGACGACACAGACAGCGAGACAGGAGAUCGGACAAAUCAUGAGACGGGACUGAGCUCUCAGAAGACCUUCAAGAUCCAAGUCAACAAUCUGAUUGAUGUCAUCCGAAAGAUGGGGAACCCUUUCCUUGACAACUUUCCUGAGCUCGUUACCCUGGACAGCCGCGACUGUAUGGAUAAUGAAGUAGCCGAGACUAUAGUCAACCUUGAUGCUCUUGGUAAGAGCCAGUAUUCAAGCUUCCUCAAGGAUGUAAUCAAGGACAGAACGGUGGCGAUUGGCAAAUCCCUAAAGCAAAACAAGCUUCCCCUUUUUCGGAAACAGGCGUCACGCAACAAGUCUAAACAGUCCAAGACCAUCUCCCUUUUGCAGAAUAAUGUCGCCCUGUUUGCUCAAAUGUACAUAGCUAUGCAAAGCCGUGAUGCGGACUUGAGAGAGUUCUUUAGCCAUGAGGUUCAGCCAUUCCCUCCUCCACUGUCAGAAUUUGGAAGUCUUCGUCUUCCAACGGCCAAGUCCGACCUUCUCAAGUGCCUCAGUCAGCCCUCCCAACCAGAGCCCCCUACAUAAGUGGACUGCAAAGUAUGUGAUGGGGCUGUAAUUGUCCACUGUCUGCCCGUGACCGGAGUGAUGACAUUCGAUGACUAUGUGGAAAAUGUCUUCCUCCCAUAUAUACGUAAUCUGAGAUCCAGACGAGUGGACAUUGUUUGGGAUUCUUACAUCCCUAACAGUCU